AAGAAAGUUCAACUCAAACCACAGUGGGCUGCUUUUACGAAUGAAACCGUUGUUUGUGAACUCAAAGACCUUUUCCACCGUAAUUAUAACGGUGUUUUCUCCCACAACACAAAAACAUCUGGGAAGAUAAGACUUGCCUAUCAUUGUGGGGAAAAAAUGCAGUUUGUUGAUCGGAAGAAGAAUAGGUUGUCAGCAAGUAGUGGAGUAGAUAAGUCGAUGAGGAGAGAAAUUCCUCGAGUUACUCUGGCUUCUAUUGAAUCCUUGUCUGUACCACUUGUGCAGGAAGUUGUGUUCUUGGCGGACUACCGGUGCACCAAGUGCCAGCAGAGGGUGGCCGAAGUGAUGUCAAAGAUGAAUGGAGAAACGGAAUCUGUAUUGGUAAGUGUGCUGGAGAAAAAGGUUACUCUAACUUGCAACUUUUCAAAGGAGUCAGAGGGACGAGUAGCUUCAAUCUGCCGGAAUCCCUUCAACAGAUUUACUUUCGUGAUGCGGAUGUUCCUCUCUUCUUGCUGCUGAUCCAUAUACGUCCACCUUGAUACAUUUUAAUAAUUUCUAUGUACUUUCGAGUUAGUCAUGUUAUGCAUUUGACACGUGUAAUUAAAUGUGCUACAUGGAGAAAUAAAAGAAAAGUUAGUUUACCCCAAAA